UGUUGAUGCUUGCUACGAGGCGAGACUGAGGUCUGCCCUGACAGUCCUGCCCAAAACUUCUCAACAACGGGAAAGUGAAAUAUAGAUAUCAGUGUCGCAAGCGGUUGUCAUUCAACCCUGCAUGGAAUAAACAGAAAAAGAUUGAUAGAAGCGGCAAGGUAGCUAGCUAGCUGGCAUGUCACUGACAGUGCUUGGGGGCUAUGCACAACGUUAGCCUACAGUACCGAGCUAGCUUGCUAACGUUGUUAAAUGGCAUGCUAGUAGGCAAUAGCACUGGGCAUAUUCUUCUUUAGCAUGUGGUUUAGCUAACGGCAGUAUCUUUCUUGCCCAAUGUGGGAACGAAAGAGACAGCUGGGACAUUGGCAGAAAGCUUGGCUAGCUACAGUAGCUAACCAAGAACUGGUAUUGUGCCGCAGAUCCAGUUUCACCAAUGGCAGUUCUCAUCGCGGAGGACGCAAUGACACAAGACGAGGAGUCGCGGCGUGACUGACAGUCUUCAGGAACCCGACCAUCGAAGUAGCUAGCUACUACAGUUGACAAUCUGGGAACAUGGACAAUUUUUCCAAAUGCAUCCAGAGAAAUAUCUCUCCCAGUGGAUCAGAAUGUAAUGCAAGAAGGACGGAUAAUAUAGAAAAGCUUUCCAGGCAGACCAGGGCAUGUAAUGAACGGGAACCGCACACAUCAUGCCAACAUAACAUGCAACGCAUUGAACCAGAAGGAAGCAUGACAGCAAAUUAACGUAUAUUUUAUCUUUGUAUUUAUUUUGCUGAACAACAUUUGGUUUUGUCUGGCUAUCACCACUGGUUGCCAGAUUUCAUGUACUAGUUCUAUCAACCGAUGUCUGAGAUCAGUCAGAAUUUAGAUUUCAUGAUGACGGUGGAGGGUUCCACAAUAAAGAGUCGGAUCAAAAAUCUUCUCCGCUCGCCAUCUAUCAAAUUGAGAAGGAAUAAAGAUCGGAACCAUAAAGAGAAUCUCAGUAACAAGGUGACAUUAGAGAAGGUGCUGGGGAUCACAGCAUUUGGGAACCGUGCUUUGGCCUGCGACCCUCGCUCCGGACUAGUGGCCUACCCAGCUGGAUGUGUGGUGGUGCUGCUGAACCCCAAGAAGAACAAACAGCAUCACAUCCUUAACAGCUCCAGGAAAACCAUCACCACUCUGUCAUUUUCCCCUGAUGGCAAGUAUGUGGUCACAGGAGAGAGUGGGCACAUGCCUGCUGUGCGGGUGUGGGACGUUGCAGAGCGGACCCAGGUGGCCGAGCUACAGGAGCAUAAGUAUGGCAUCUCCUGCGUGGCCUUCAGUCCUAACAGCAAGUACAUCGUCAGCGUGGGAUACCAGCACGACAUGAUCGUCAAUGUCUGGGCCUGGAAGAAAAACAUUGUGGUGGCAGCCAACAAAGUCUCCAGUAAAGUGACGGCUGUGUCCUUCUCAGACGACAGCUCCUACUUUGUCACGGCAGGGAACAGGCACGUCAAGUUCUGGUACCUGGAUCACACCAAAUCCUCCAAGGUGAACGCCACAGUUCCUCUGCUGGGUCGCUCAGGGCUCCUGGGGGAGUUGAGGAACAACUUCUUCUCUGACGUGGCAUGUGGGAAGGGUCGUAAAGCCGGCAGCACCUUCUGCAUCACUUCCUCAGGCCUGCUCUGCGAGUUCAAUGACAAACGCCUGCUGGACAAAUGGGUGGAGCUAAGGACAACUCAGGCCACGUCUCUGUCUGUGACGGAGGAGCUGAUCUUCUGUGGCUGUGCAGACGGCACCGUGAGGGUCUUCAGCCCUGUCAACCUGCACUUCAUCUGUACCCUGCCACGCCCACACUGCCUGGGCACAGACAUCGCCACCGUGGUGGAGGCUAGCCACCUCUUCAGCCACAAGAUGGACGCCCGGUACCCUGACACGGUGGCUGUCUCAUAUGACCCUGCGAGCCGCUGGCUGUCCUGUGUCUACAACGACCACAGCCUGUACGUGUGGGACGUACGAGACCUCCGCAAAGUGGGCAAGGUCUAUUCCGCCCUCUACCACUCGGCUUCCGUGUGGAGCGUCGAGGUGUACCCGGACAGGGUAAGUGAUGGUGAGCAGCCAUGUCUGCCUCCAGGCUCCUUCCUCAGCUGCUCCUCAGACAACACCAUCCGGCUCUGGAACACUGACGGUCACAGCACCACCCUCAGCCGCAACGUCAUCAGCAACGACCUCCAGAAGAUCAUCUACAUGGACAACAACACGGCCGGCCUGCUGGACACAGAGUGCCUCAACUCGGGGAACGGAGAGAAGGCCGACCCCCAGACCUCAGAGACCAGGACGGGCAUCAGGACCAUGUGUGUGAGCCCCGACGGGCAGCACCUGGCGUCGGGCGACCGCACCGGCACCUUGAGGAUCCAUGAGCUGGUGAGCAUGGAGGAGAUUCUGAACGUUCAGGCCCACGACUCUGAGAUCCUUUGUCUGGAAUACUCCAAGCCUGAGACGGGUCUGAAGCUACUAGCCACAGCUAGUCGAGACCGUCUGAUCCAUGUGCUGGACGCAGAGCAGGAGUACAGCCUGCUGCAGACGCUGGACGAACACUCCUCCUCCAUCACCGCCGUCCGAUUCGCUGCCAAUGACGGCAAGGUGAGGAUGAUCAGCUGUGGCGCUGACAAGAGCAUCUACUUCCGCACAGCGCAGAAGUCAGAUGAAGGAACAGUGUUUACCCGCACCCACCACAUCGUACGCAAGACGACGCUGUAUGACAUGGAUAUCGACCCCACCAGGAAGUACGCAGCAAUUGGCUGUCAAGACCGCAGCGUUAGAAUCUUCAACAUCAGUAACGGCAAACAGAAGAAACUGUACAAGGGCUCCCAAGGAGAGGAUGGCACUGUUAUCAAGGUUCAGACCGACCCCUCAGGGCUGUAUGUGGCCACCAGCUGCUCAGACAAGAACAUCAGCAUCUUUGACUACUACUCUGGAGAGUGUGUGGCCACCAUGUUUGGACACUCUGAGGUUGUGACUGGAAUGAAGUUCACCAAUGACUGCAAGCACAUGAUAACUGUGUCUGGUGACAGCUGUAUCUUUGUGUGGCGUCUUGCCCCGGAGCUGACAAUCAGUAUGAGACAGCGUCUCUCUGACCUCAAGCAGAACGGCAAGCCAGUUCAGAAGACCCCACCUCACAAACCUUGCAAUCUCAGCACCAGGAGAGAGGUGCACAGAACCCCUCCCAUAGUCACCAUGUCCUCUGACAGCGACAAAGAGGUGGAGGGGAUAGAGGAGGAGGAUGAGGAUGAGGAAGAGAUGAUCUCUCCUUACAUGGUGUCAGGCUGCAGUGCAGAGGAAGAGACAGACACCUCAGACGAUAAGCACAACUCACUUAACUCUCACGGCAGAGAACUGAAAAGGGAGAGCUCUUUUGGCAGGCGUUCCUCCCAGGCCAAUCAUCACUGUGAGGAAAGGGGUCCCCGUCCACGGCGCCGCUGGUCCAGAGGCAUGGUCAGCAUGGAGCUGAUGGUCAAGUCCAUGUUGGACCUCAGACAGCUGGAUUCCUUCGCCAUGCCCCCCUCCUCCCCCAACAAGACCAAGACCCAGCCUGAUGCUUUCAGAGACCCAUUCAGGGAGGAUGAACUGGGCAGCACCAUCAGCCUGCAACCCCUUACUGCAUGGGGGGAUGAGUCUGAGCAGAGGUCCCAGCAGCGACCCCACUACAUCAUGUUCUCUCCACAGACCCCAGAGACAGGCUCAGUGAUCUACCCCGAGGGCUGUGAGGACAGGGCUAGCUUAGCUGGCAGUGAGUACCUAGUGAAAGAGCUACUGCCCGGGCCUGAGACCAGCAGGAGUGUGAAGGGGUACCAGAACCACAACCAGUGGAGCCAGGGCCACCGUGACAAACACAGCCCAGACAGCGCCUGCUCUGUGGACUAUUCCAGCAGCAGAUGGUCCAGCCCAGACAGCCAGCAGCAGCCUCCUGGAGAGGACUCUGAGCCCACAGAGCCUCUCAGUGUGGAUGGGAACUCCUCUGAAUUGGACAUGGAGGAACUGGAGGAGGAAGAGGAGGGGGGCGUAGGGAGGGGAGAGGCCAAGGGGGCAACAGUAGUACCUAAGACCCCUGACCAGGAGGCCUUCCUCAAACAGCACUUUGGCAACCUGGCUGAGCUUAAAAACCCAGUGAGCCCGACCAGAGUUGUCACCCCUGACAGUGUCAGCAUCUCCUCCAAGUUCCUGUCCCAAUGUUCUACUGGAAGCAGGACUGCCUUUCCAUUCCCAUCGAAGAGCGGUGUUGAGGGGAAGGUAGCCAGCGGUGUGGUGAGGCCCCUGGUCUCUGAGGUGAGGCCCCUCAUGGAGCACAACCAGAGCCAAGGCCACAGCCAGGGCCAGAGCCAAGGCCACAGCCAGGGCCAGAGCCAAGGCCACAGCCAGGGCCAGAGCCAAGGCCACAGCCAGGGCCAGGGCCAGAGCCAAGGCCAGAGCCAAAGCCACAGCCAGGGCCAGAGCAACAGCCAGGCCCAGAGCCAAGGCCACAGCCAGGCCCAGAGCCAAGGCCACAGCCAGGGCCAGAGCCAAGGCCACAGCCAGGGCCAGAGCCAAGGCCACAGCCAGGACCAGAGCCAACGCCACAGCCAGGACCAGAGCCAGCAGAGCCACAGCCAGGGCCAGAGCCACAGCCAGGGCCAGAGCCACAGCCAGGGCCAGAGCCACAGCCAGGGCCAGAGCCACAGCCAGGACCAGAGCCACAACCAGGACCAGAGCCACAACCAGGGCCAGAGCCAACUCCACAGCCAGGGCCAGAGCCACAACCAGGGCCAGAGCCAACUCCACAGCCAGGGCCAGAGCCACAACCAGGGCCAGAGCCACAACCCGGGCCAGAGCCACAGCCAGAGAAAGGGCUCAGAAGAAUCUCAGAAGGGCACUACCGGGAGACUAGAAGUAGUGGACACUACCACUACGGAGAAGGGUCUGAAUCUCCGGGCCUCUCCUCUGAGGAAGAAGCUUUUUAACCCUGCAGUGGACUCCCGUAGGAUAGUCAGUCCUGUGGCCAAGGCUGCAGCAUCACACCUCACAUCUACAGGCAUGAGGAAGUCCCAGUCAGUCCAGAACCUGCACACUGAGGAAAUGCCUCUGAGCCUGUCUCGGCCUUCCAAGGAGGUAGCCCCUCAGCCCCAUCACUCCCAGUCUCAUCAAUCCCAGGCCAACGAGCGUCCAGUGACCCUCCCCACAACCCCCCGCCGCACCCUGCCCAGUGUGCCCCCCCUCUGCAGCCCCACCUCCCCACAACCCCGGGACAUCACCAGUAGCAGUCAUGGCACUGCCCCCACGCCCAGGAGCGUCAAAUCCCGCUGCUCCUACAUGAGCCCCACCACCAGCUCCAUGGCCAAGAUGUCCCGCUCCAUGUCCAUGGGAGACAGCUUAAACGUGGCCGAGGAAGAGUCUGGGUCAACAGAGUCACGCAGGGGGUCCAGCUCUGACACGUCCAACGCUCCCACCAAGAGUCGGAGCUGCUCCUCCCAGAGCUCCCAGAGUCUUAGUACUAAACCGUCUAACCCCGUGGCCGUGGUCUCUUCCACCUUAUCCUCCUCCUCCCCUCUGGCGUUGGGUUUAGCCAUGCCCCAUGCUGCAGUUAUCCCCACCCUCAUCACUAGCUCUCCAAGCAACUCCAACCCAACCACCAAGAGUCUGCAGGCUAAGCUGAUGUGCAGCACCCGGCCCCAGCUCAACCUGGACAUCUCCAAGCCCCUCCCAGACAAGCCCUCCCUGGCGGUCUUCACUCCCAACAGUACCUUCAAGACCGCCGCCUCCUCCAAGACUGUCAAAGAGGACAACGACCUCUCUUCCAGAUCUCCAGUCAGCUUGUUACCUCACCAGGGCCAGACUCAUCCAGUACUCACCAACAAAGUCCAGCUAGUCACUGCACUGUCCCUCUCCCCAGCUCGGAGUCCUGAGGCGGAGCAGCGUUUUCUUACCACGGAGCUGCGUCCUGAGGCCCCCGUGGUAGACAACAGACUAGAACAGCCAAAGAUGGAGGAGAGCCAGGGCCUGACCCAGGAGAAGAGUCCCGCGAUGGAGGUGUCUCUACAGGGCAGUCCCGUAUACCUGCUGUCAUCUGGAGGUUCCGGCCAGGACCGCACAGACGGUUCUCUCAGUAUGGAGUCGUGCAGGGUGGUGGCCAGCGAGCUACAGAACACCUUUAGGAAGGCCUCCCAGCUCUACAGAAUGGUGAACAGUGUGCCUGUAGACUCCAGGCAGGAGCACCAUGAGAUGGCCCAGGUCCUGUCUGAGGCCUUUGAGGUGGUGAGGGCCGAGCUGAGCUCCCUGCCCCAGAGCUCACCCCCAUCCCCCUCUGGAGGACCUGCAGCAGGAGGCUCCCUGUGUACAGUGGGCUGCCGGCCCGUAGGACCAGUAGAACCAGGGGCGGGGAGAUUAGCCUCGGGGGAGGAGAGGACUCUGGCUCUGCUGGAGCAGUACUCUGAGCUCCUCCUUCAAGCUGUGGAGAAGAGGCUGGACAACAAGCAGCUCUCCUAAAUACUCCUCUUCUUUCACACCCUUCCUUGAAGACUGAACCAACCCCCUUGCAAAUGUAGGAUCUUAAGCCAUUGUGCAAGGAUAUCUGCAGACUACAGUACUUCUUUUUAUUUAAUUUUUUUCUCGACACGUUUUUAAAAUGAACAGAUUAAAAUAUUCCUGAAGGAUGCCUGUACAUAUUUUUUAGAAGUGUUUUUUUUUUUUUAAAGCACUUAUCUCUCUUUCUCUCUGCUGCACCCUCUGGUUGGGUGGUCCCCUCUCUCCCUGUCAGAUCUCUGUAGGCCUAGGAUGGGUUUGGAGGGUUGGACUCAGCACAAUGGCCCACUGUAGUAGGCUAACAUGUAACACUCAUAACCAAUAGCACUGAUACUGUAAGGAGACUCCUCAGGAUGAUCAAUGCCUCAGCAUUCCUUCCCAGUGUGGCUGAGCUGCACUAGACUGUCAUUCAUCACCCUUCCCCCCUCUACUAUAUUGUGUGCUUCUACAGUACCUACCAGACACCUGCACUCUCAUGACCACUGGUUUUAUUUACCCCUGUUGCCAAAUAUUGUGCCCUGCUACUUUGUUUUAAUGAAGUUGUUGUUAUGGAAAUGCCGGAUGCCAUAGAGUUGCUGCGUUGGAGCCAGUGGCGUAGCGUAGUUUUGCGGGCCCCUCUUGCAAGGUGUCCCCACAGAAAGAAAAAUGUGCAGAUUUAUAGCUUAUAUCAUGCUAUUUGACACAUAUUGCCAUGAGGCUGAGAGAAAAUGUUGAUGUUUUAGAGCUCAGGGAUUCUUAAAAGAUGGGACAAUCUCAACUUUUUUUCCACAAAUAUUUGUCUUAAUAUUAACAAAAGUUGAAAUCUAUAUUUUGAUAGACCAAAGUACCAGCAAUCACACCAUGUAAAGGAAAAAGCAACUUCCAAACUUCUUUUUGUUUUGUUUUAUAGUACUCCCGAGUGGCGCAGCGGUCUAAGGCACUGCAUCUCAGUGCUAGAGGUGU